UGCGCUGUAUAACGCCAGUCGGACUCACCACAGCAAGCGUUGGUCUCUGUCAUCAUGUUAGACAGGCCCCUAUGGCUGACUGAACAUGAGGAAACAUUACGAAGACCUGGUUGAAAUUAAAAGGACAGCAGCUUACAUUCCGUACUAGCGCCGAUUUCUUUUCAUCCUACGCAUGACACGCAAGUCGCCACGGACUGUGUGUUUUUGUUUUUAGCUACUAGCAAACCUUGAAGCUACCUUACUGACGCGUUUUACCAGUCAUUCCAUUUUUAUUAGUCUAGCAUGUCUGCUUCGGCCACCGGCGAGCCGGCAGUGAAAAAGAAGCAAGUUCGUUUCGCCAGAAUGGAGGAAGACGAUGAUAACGAUGACCAAGAUGAGGACACACUGUUUGACAAACGAAAGGAUGCGAGGAGAGGUGUAAAGAGUGUCAUGAAGGGGGGAAGAAAGCUGGCAAACUCGGGAUCCGACCGGGUCGCUGUGCGAGGAAGCGGUUCGAGCGGUUCUGGAGGAUGUAGUCGCUGGAUAAUCACCUUGGCACUAUGUGGCUCUUUUCUCGGAUUGGGGAUGAGCAUCUCUGUUUUGGGCCCCACGUUUGAGGACCUGGCCAUCAACGUCGGAAAAAACAUCAGCAACAUUUCCUACAUCUUUGUGGGUCGCUCUAUGGGAUACAUUGGAGGAUCUGUACUGGCUGGGCUUCUCUUUGAUCAUAUGAAUCACCACCUGCUCUUAGGAUUCUCAAUGUUGGUCACCGCUUUUGGGAUGUGUGCGAUUCCGUUUUGUAAAAAGGCCCUCCUGCUCACAGCUCUAAUGUCCAGUGUUGGCGUGUCCAUGGGCGUUUUAGACACAGGUGGCAAUGUGCUGAUCCUUAACACUUGGGGGGACCAAGCGGGGCCGCACAUGCAGGCUCUGCACUUCAGCUUUGCUGCAGGGGCCUUCAUUUCGCCCAUCAUCUCCAAGCUGGUGUUUGGGGACGGUCACGAUCUUGCUGGGAACACGACCGUGGAAGCCAACACCGUGGAAUUGUCCUCGCUGGACACAAACCGGCUGACCAAGGCCCUCGGGACAGCUGCCCGAUUCCCACACAGCUCCCUGAAUUCCAUGUGGGCCUACAUAGUGAUCGGGGCCUUCAUCCUGUUGGUUUCCUUCCUCUUCUUCCUCCUGUACUCCCGGACCAGCCCCUCCCAUGAGAGGGCCAAGGCGGCCUCGGGAAAGCCUCUGGUGGCCAAGCGCCACAACGUCCUGAUCCUCCUGCUCUUCUUUUUCUUCUUCUGGUACGUGGGUGCUGAGGUGGCCUACGGCUCCUUCAUCUUCACCUUCGCCAAAGACUUUGCGCACAUGGACCAGACCCAAGCGGCCGGACUCAACUCCCUCUUCUGGGGGACUUUCGCCACAGCCAGGGGACUGGCCAUCUUCUUUGCGGCAUGCAUGCACCCGGGCAGCAUGAUCCUGCUCAGCCUGGUGGGAUGCACACUGUCCUCCUUGCUCCUCACCCUCUUCAGCGGGAGCAAGAUGGUCCUGUGGUCCUGCACCGCCCUCUACGGCAUCUCCAUGGCUACCACCUUCCCCAGCGGUAUCUCCUGGGUGGAGCAGUACACCACGGUGACGGGUCGCUCGGCGGCGAUAUUUGUGGUGGGGGCGGCGCUGGGCGAGAUGGUUCUGCCGGCGCUCGUGGGCUUCCUGCUGGGGAGGAUACCGGAACACCCGGUGCUGAUGUACCUGUGUCUCGGCACGGCCACCGUCACCUCGAUUCUCUUCCCUGUCAUGUACAAGCUAGCCUCGCAGCCCAACACCGGGCCCGGAAAGAAGCUCCGGGACCGGGGGAAGCGAGACCCUGAGGACAGCGAGUACCGCCAAGCAUUGCUGGACUCGGGUGCCAACGAAGACGAGGAAGAGGAGGAGGGGGGGGUAGAGGGAGACAGAGGGGCGGGUGGGGAUGAGGCAGACCAGUGGAAUGACGCAGACUUUGAGGUCAUAGAAAUGGAGGACGCCGGCCUUUUGAACUCGCCCAACAAGGUGUUCCUGCCUACUGCCAUCGUCGGGACCUUGGGGGAUAGCCCUCAUGCUGUUGUCACGACAACCUCUGUCAUCUCUGGCCCAUCCUCUGAGCCGACUGGCCCGUCCUCACUCUCUGAUGAUACCGUCACCCUGCUGGGGGACUCGCCGCGUAAGAAACUGCUGAUCGCUCUGAACAGAGAAAAGAGAGACUGAGUGCCACUGCGUGCUGAAAAGGGAUCCUUAAAUAGACAUAAGAGUCACAUAAUUUAGGAGUAGCUUUGUUAUUGGAACAACAUCUGGAUUCUGUUAGUGGCCUUUAACCCUUUCAGUCCCACGCUCAAUAUGAAGUGGCUCCACCCAAAUCCCAAGGGGUUGGGUUUUGAUCAGAAAAAUUUUGAGUUGAGAAGAUUUAGUAUGGUUUUAAUAGGGGUUAAAACAAUAGUAUUGCAGUGAUUUGACACUCUUGGGACUGAAAGGGUUAAACCACACCUAGGUGGUGUUCAUCAUCCCAACGUGCAAGCCUUCAUGCUUCAGACAGCAUCCAUCAUCCAACUUAAAGCUAGAUAUUUAACUGCAAUGGUUCACAAAUGCUUUCGAUUGGGGUACACAUCAGUUACACAUAUUAUUUACUUAAUUUGCAACCAUUUGAUAGUGGUUCGGUACUAAUAGCACAAGCAUAAUUUUCCUGAUUUUACUCCAAUUCUGCAGUCAAUUUACUGCAAGUACCCCCAGCCAGUCCAGGUAUUUGAGGUGUUCCAUCUCAAGGACACCUAAUACACCUAAUCAAGGGCUUGGUUAGUUAUCAGGUGUGCUUGAGGUGGAGGUACAUUAGAUAUUUAUCAGUUGAUUCCAAAGCACUGCAUGAGCCCCACAGCCAAAUGUCCUUUCUGUUGAUGCAGUUCGUGGGUGGGCAGUUUCAGUCUUGGAGAGUCAGUGUGUAUGCAGGUUUUUGUUUCUACCAAUUUGUCUGCCUAAAUGAGCUAAUUGGCUGUAUACGCCAACACUGGUUCAUUCGUAUAUUAGAUUUGUAAAAUGUUUCAUUUAGGGUCCUUGGCUGUCAUUCGUGCGCUUAUCAAGAAAUGUAGCUAAAAUUUCAGAUGGCGUAAAUGUUAGCUAGUUAAAAUAAUUGAGGCCUCAAGUUGACAUGAAAUCCAGAAAAGGAUAUGGUGUGAGUUGCAAACCUCUGGUCUAGUCCAAGGGUGGACUCAGUGGUCAACUGACCAGUUAAGGAAUGCUUGUAUUUUUUUCUAUGAAUUUUGAAUGUCUUUUAGGGAUAUUUGGAGGAAACCAAAGUGUCACAGAAUAAGUUUAAUAGAUUUGAGACAACAGAUCUUUGAUUUCAGUCUUUAUUACCGUUAACAUACCUUGCAGGCAUACCUGGAAUCAUGUGACUAAAUCACAGGUACGACUACUAAUUUUCCAUAUUUAAAACAUUUAUUUCUCAUGAAGAAAAAAACUGAUCAAAAGCAAAAAAUUAAGUUGCCAUUGUGGCCUGAAAUAGAUUUUCUUUUGCAAAUUGUCAGUGAAUUGAGUAUUCUUUAAAUUUGUUGCAGAUUUAUGAAAAGUGUGUAAAUGUUAAAAAGAGAAUUGUGAUAUUGUGUGUAUUGUGCUAUAAAAAUGUGUAUAUUGUAGUGAUAUUUAA